UUAAAUUCUCUUUGCUGUAAAAUCUCCGCGUCUCGCGGUCAACCAUCGCAAAUUGCAUUUUUGUGAGAAUUAUCAAAUUGAAAAUACAUUCUAGUUUCACUUUUCUUUAUUUGCGCUUCGCGAAAAACUUUUUAUAGUUAUAUCUAUUCGAUCACUGGAGUUAAAGUGCUCCCAAAUUACCAUUAAACAGUUUUCGUAUAAUGAACACGACAGCGUCCUUCUCUUCAGAACAUUCAUGCAGCAGGCGCUGUUCAACAGAGACAAUAUUCAGCAUACAAGGAAAAGAAACUGAUUUUGUGCGAGACACCAGCGACACAGAGUGGUACAGCAGCGACUUUGGCGAGUUGGAGCCCGUAAGCAGCGAGCCCGAGGAUGAAGCGCCGUUCACCGCCGACACCGACACGACCGAUAACGAAAUUAUAUCAACAAAGGUGAUAGAAGUAUCCGUGGGCGACGAUGGUGAGCUCCAGUUCGCGGACUCUGAGCAGACAGACUCGGAAGGCAGCGAUAGUGAGAUGGACCUGUACGACUACUGGCUGUGUGCGCAGUGCCGAGCAGAGAACAACAACCCGCUGUACAGAUACUGUGAGAAGUGUUUCAAGGUACGUAAAAACUUCUUCCCGCCGAGACCGAAGCGAAAACACCGGCGUAACACGAAACUUGAUCCGGAUCCCAUACCCUGCUCGUUUUCCCAGAAAUCCGGGAUGGAUUCCGUGAAAACCGUUCCUGAAUCAAUUAAUUCAGCAUACGACUCGGAAGUCGAAACAAAUGGUGAAAUGGAACCGUUUUCCCGAACCUUUUCCCAAGAUUCUGGCGUCGAGUCCGUAAAAACAAUUCCGGAACUAUCGGAUUCGAAAGGCGAACCGGAACCGUUUUCCCGGACAUUUUCCCAAGAUUCAGGCGUCGAGUCACUUAACUGCCAUGAAGUUGCAGAAUGUUCCAAAAGUAAGAAUAGUUUUAGACACAAUGUGAUAUUAGGUAGGCAUUUAAAGCGUCGAGCGAAAUCCGCCGACCGACACAACAAACGUUUUAAAAUCGGUUCCGAUUCCGACACGGAUGUAGAAAGUGAAGUAAAACCAUUAGUUAAAAUAAUAAGUGAUCCAGCGCUUACCAUAGACGAUAUAAACGUUAAAUUAUCAAAAAAGGUUAUAGCUGAUACUUUAAAGGCUAAAAUUGAAGUUAAGGACAAAAUUGAAGUGGCGAGUAAAAGUGAAGUGAAGGAUGAUAUGUGUAUAACUUGUCUCUCUGAACCGAAGUCGGCCGCGUUUAUUCACGGGCGCAUCAUCCACAUUUGCUGCUGUUACAAAUGUGCCCUCAAAGUGUGGGUAACCGCUAAACGGUGUCCAGUUUGUAAUUGUAAAGUCAGUAAUGUUUUGAAAGCCGUCGUCGUGUAAUGAAUCAAUAGUCAUUACUCAAAAUAAAUUUAUAGAAUUAUUUAGUUUCUGGCAGUUUUUUUAGCAAUGUAUAAAACUGGUUGACAGGCAAUUAUCUAAAUCGUACAAGGAUUCAAUGCCAAAAUUAUUUGUGUCUUAUGUUUGCUGUGGUUCAUGAAGCCUUGAUCGAAGACAAAUUUGCCUCUGAAAACAUUAGAAAUCGUAAUUAAUUUAUGUAAUACGAAAAUUGGUAUUUAUUAAAAUAUUACUACUAUUGUUGUAAUAUAGUGAAUGUCUUAAAAGGCAUUAUCCUUUUAUCUCAGUCUAGACAAUGUUACAUGAUAUUAAGUUUUGUGAAUACUUUGUAUACUUCACUUCACAAUUGCCCUCUCUUUAUUGUUUAAGGCUAGGUUUUAGGUAUAUUUGAUUCCAUAUCACUGGUUUACCUAAGCCUAAAGUAGGUAUGCAAAAUCGGAAAAUCUUUUGAAUACUUCUUUAACCUACAAUUUAUUUCGUUUAUUAAUUAUGUUGCCUAAAAAACCCUUAAAAAAUAUUUCUAAUUUGUUUUUUCUUAAGUAAAAAUUGAAUUAAAAUGUAAAUAAUCGUGUAAAUAAUAAAUCCACCGAACAUGAGAGAGAAUAAUAUAUUUUUAUUAUAAGUUAGAUUAGUUUCACGCAAUACUAUGUCUAAUUUCGUUGUGUUGGUCAGAUGCGAAAUUUAAAUUACCAGGAAUAUUAGAGCUAUUUAUUUUUGACUUUCAAAUAUAUUUGUGGGAGCAAAAAUGAACAUAAAUUUCUAUCCAGCUUUUCCAUCGAUUCGUUCAUUGGUAGUUUUUCUCUGACAUAUUUCAUAAAUAUUUGCCUCUUUCUCUAUAAAUACUUGCUUCAUGUCUUUUUAUGUGCAUUAAUGCAAUAUCUAAAAUGUAUACAGCUUUUUGUUUAAGAUUUUCUAACAAUGAUGGUGAAAAGCACACCACUUCUUGAAGCUAUUUAUUGCAUUAAAUAUUUGUUAUUUAACAUUGAAGCUGUAAAUAUGAACAAUAAUAUUCCUGGUUAAAAUUACUUUUGAAUUAAUUAUAUUAGGUAUCGUUUCCUACGAAAUAACAGUCCCACCUUUGCCUACCGCACAGAGGAUUUUCUUAUAAAAUAAAAUUUAUAUCUUAUUUAAACAAAUGUAUAUCAUCAUAAGCCGGGUAAAGAUCACAACUGAUCGUAUGUAAAAAGUAGAUAUAAUUUUUUAUCGUAUGUAAUAAAAAGUAAUAAAAGAAAAAUAUAUAAUUUGAUAAAACAAAAGAACGUAAAUAAAAACUUUCCUUUCAGCAAA